GACCCCUAACCUUUCUGCACACAUCUCUUUGGAGAAACACAAACAACACCCUCUUUCCCAAACCAUGUCGUCAACCAUGUCCCUAACCAUCUUCACUCUCCUCCUCCUCUCCUUCACCCUUUCAUCCUAUGCCUCAGGCGUCGGCUCUCGAAGCGAGGCCGAGGUCAAACAAAUCUACCAAGAAUGGCUUGUGAAGCACCAGAAAACCUACAACGGGAUUGGAGAGGAAGACAGGAGGUUCGAGAUCUUCAAGGACAACUUGAGGUUCAUCGAUGAGCACAAUUCCCAGGACCGUCCCUACAAGGUUGGCCUGAACGCUUUUGCUGACCUGACCAACCAAGAGUACCGUGCCAAGUUUCUGGGCACCAGAAGUGACCCUAAGCGUAGGGUCAUGAAGGCCAAGAACUCUAGCCAAAGGUAUGCCUUUCGUGUCGGUGAGGCGUUGCCUGAAUCUGUGGAUUGGAGGGUCAAGGGCGCCGUCAACCCCAUCAAAAAUCAAGGAAAUUGCGGAAGUUGCUGGGCUUUUUCGACAGUGGCAGCAGUGGAAGGCGUAAACCAAAUAGUCACAGGCGAAUUGGUCUCCCUUUCAGAGCAAGAGCUUGUUGACUGCGACAGGUCGUACAACGCAGGCUGCAACGGAGGCCUCAUGGACUAUGCCUUUGAGUUCAUCAUCCAAAACGGUGGCAUGGACACUGAAAAAGACUACCCUUACAAAGCAUACGACCAACAAUGUAACGUUGCUCUGGAGAACAAUAAGGUCGUUAGCAUCGACGGAUACGAAGAUGUUCCUGCUUACGAUGAGAACGCUUUGAAGAAAGCCGUGGCACAUCAGCCCAUUAGCGUUGCUAUUGAAGCUGGUGGCAUGGCUCUACAACUCUACCAGUCGGGUGUGUUUACUGGUGAAUGUGGGUCAGCUUUGGACCAUGGUGUGGUUGCUGUUGGGUAUGGCACGGAGAAUGGAACAGACUAUUGGCUUGUAAGGAACUCAUGGGGCACCAAUUGGGGUGAGAGUGGAUAUUUUAAGAUAGAGAGAAACGUGGCUACCACAUACACUGGCAAGUGUGGGAUUGCAAUGGAGGCUUCUUACCCAACAAAGAAGGACCAAAAGUACCCAACAAGCUCUUUCCUUGCUGAAGAAGACAUCAAAAUGGUCACAAGUGCUUGAAAAUGGUGAUGGGGUCUUUGGAUAAAUUGUGGGGUUUGCAUGCCCGAUGUUUCUUUUUGUGGUCUAUGUUGACAAAAAGGAUGACGAGGCUAUUGUUAUUUAUUGAUUAGGGCAAACCAUUGUUUGUAAAUAGUUUGAUUUAUGUACUGAAAUUGCACUUGGAAAACUGAUAAUGGUGCAAUCCAAAUUCCUAUUUCAAUGAAAGUUUAGGUCCUGGGAUUAAACCAGGGACUUUUUAUGUGUA